AUGAAGGACCUGGCGGGUGGCUGUGCUUACAACUUGCUGUACCAGGACCUGAAGCGGUUCUCCAAGCAUGGGGAAUAUUUCUGCAAGGAGCUGAUGACAGUCUUUCAGCAAAGGUCUGAGUUGGAGAUUAACUAUGCAAAGGGAAUGCAGAAGCUCGCUGGCAAACUCAUUAAAGCCUCAAAGGAGAUGGCUAGCAACAGCACAACAUACCAGGCCUGGUCUCAGAUAUCCAAUGAAAUGUUCUCCAUUGCAGACAUACACAGGACACUAGGGAAUGCUCUCCAGCAAGAUGCCAUUCUGGAGAUCCGCCAACUUCUGGAUGAACACACCAAAAGGAAGAGGCCCCUGGAUGGUGCAAUCGAGAAAACUGGCAAGCUGGUCAUCACAAAUUGGAAUGAGCAGAUAAAAGUAAAGAAGAAGCUCAUGGGACUGACACGGGAACACGAGGGAGUGUUCAGCUUUGUGGAGAACAAUAAGCAUAUAUGCACUGAAAAGGAAAAACAAAAGAUGCUCAACAGACUGACCAAGUCAGCAGAGCUGCAGGCCAGGGUGGAUGAAGACUACUUCCACAUCAACAUGGAGGGCCACCAGAUGCGCCUCAAGUGGGAGAGCACACUCAAACACUGCUACCAGAUAAUUCAAGAGCUGGAGAAACAACGAAUAGAAGUUCUAAGUAACAUCUUGAACAAAUAUGGUCUCUACAUGUCCAGCUUUGGACAAACACUGCAGCACUGUCAAAAACAAAUUGAGCAAGCCAUCAUGACAGUGGAUAUGGAGAAGGAUCUGCAGAGCUUGGUGGAUGAGACCACUGUUACUGCUGACGACAACAAAGCUGAGUUUUUGAUGACAGACUAUUUUGAGGAGGACAACAAGACUGUUAUGGGACCGGAGAGACGCAAAGAUGCGAUAAAGACUAAACUGCAACGGCUUGAGGACUACAUAUCGAGGACAAAAAGAUAUCACGAAGGCCUGGAGAGAAUGGUGAAGACAUACACUGAGAAUCCAUCAUUCUCAAACAAAAAGAACUUGGAAGAAACAGAACAGUUACUUGAUGAAACCACUUUAAAACUGGACCUUUUAAGAGCCACACACGGCAAGCUGUCAGCAAUCGUGGCAGAAAUCGACGGAAAAGCCAAAUCACUACACAAAUUCAGCGACAGCAUCACAAAAUGGAAAGAUAAAGACUGUGAGCACAGCGUUGUGCAGCUAUCUCGACCUGUAAGGAUCAAGACCACGUCACUCCGCUCUCGCCAGUCCCUGAAAAGAAGGUCCAUCAUCUACAAGGGCCCCGUUAGAAUUGGGCCACCCCCACAAGAGCCCCCACCUGACCCAGAGCCAGACUCACACACCCCCACCCAAGAGAGCAUCACCACCCAGCCCAGUGCAGAACUUAAUGGAGACUCGGAUCCUAACCACAAUGCAAAAGAGGAGUCUUCCAGUCUGGGUAAAUGCAGAGCACUCUACGACUUCACCUCGCACCGACAUGAUGAACUGACCAUGAAGGAAGGGGAUGUAAUUGAGAUUGUCCAGAGGGCUGAGAGUGGCUGGUGGUACGGGACUCUAAACGGCCAGAGAGGCCACUUCCCUUCAACAUACGUGGAGGAGUUUCCUGAGAUUACUGAUCAAAUGACUUCAGAUGCAUAGCAUCAACAAUACAUUUAGACUAACUUUCAUUUCCUUUGCCUUUAUGUCUUAUGGCUCGACAUUAUGAUGGACCUUAAUUCAGGAAAAGGUCAGAGGAGGAGGACUGAGGAUGGAGGCAAGAUGCUGCUGAAGCAGGCCUGCAUGUGGUACUCCGUUCCUCCAUCAUUUCCUCCAUGAGAGGAUGUAGGAACAAGGGCGGAGGAAUUGACUGAAGGAGUGCAUUGAAAGGUAGCCUUAGCAAAAACCUAUCCAACAUGACCGGCAAAAGGAAUAGAAUAUUCUGAUAUGAAACGACCUACUAAAAAUCAAAUCACAUCAUUACAGGGGAAAAUUAUUGGCAUGCAUAGCGGCUUCAUCACACACACACCUUCUACUUGUAACGGAAUGAUCAGAACUUGCCUACAUAUUGCACUGAUAAAAAUUAGUCUUGUACAUUUUCAAUGCCAUGUAUUGUAAAUAUCUUUGCAAUGUCUUUACCUAAUGGAAAUUAUAUGUGCCCUCAUCUCAGCACAUCUCAGUAAUGAUUUAGUCAGAAAAUUAAAGUAAAUCUGCAAUGUAACUUGUAUGACUAUGGAAUA